CAUUGCUAGCCUCAUGUCUAUGUUAGUUGAGUACCUGAUGGUAGACAAUUGUCGCAUUGUUCUACAUUAAUUUCGGCAGUCAUGAAGUCGCUGUUGAGCUAUUUUUCAAAAAAGAAGGAGGAAACAGUACGAAGUGUCAAUAUUAACGACUACCAAGACACCUCCUUCAUUACAAACAAUGUCAGAACCACAAAGUAUACGCUAUAUUCAUUUCCAUUCAAAAAUCUUUUUGAACAACUUCAUGAACCUUCGAAUCUUUAUUUUGUCUUCAUUGCGAUUCUGCAGUUGAUACCAAAGAUAUCGUCAACUCAUGGUAUACCGAUUAUGCUACUGCCACUGUCUAUUGUCAUGUUAGGAAAUGCUGCUAAAGAUGCAUAUGAAGAUUAUAGGAGGUACCUAAAUGAUAACGAGGUUAAUUACAGUAUUGCUAACGUUGUCAUGAACCCAAAGCUUACCAAACAUGAUGAGACAAUAAAGUAUGAAAAGCCAGCUAACGCAGAUGCGGAUAUUGUCAAUGCUGUUGAGAAGAAGUUGAUUGUAAAUGCAAAGUGGCAAGCAUUGGAAGUAGGAGAAAUCGUUGUGUUACAAAAUGGUGAUACCAUACCAGCAGACAUGGUUCUCAUCGGUUCCUCAGAAAUUAAUGGUGUAGCUUUUGUUGAAACGUCAUGCCUAGACGGUGAAAGUAAUUUGAAGAAGAAGGAGGCUGUGCUUAAGCUUGCAGAAUAUCUAACAAGGGAUAUCAACACCACCCUAAACAAAGUGCAGAACAUUACCGGCAGGCUAACGUGUGAACCACCAAACCAGAAUUUGAUCACAUUCGAUGGGUCACUCCACUACAAAAUCCAAGAUCCGGAAUAUACGAACCAAUCCAAAUCGAAGACUAAAGCUGAAGUGACCGCGCCAUCCGCUAAACGUUCAACUGGUGAUAAAUUAGAUCAAUUUGGCUACACAGAAACGUCUAUAUCAAUGCUCCAACUUUUACUCAGGGGAUGUAAAUUGCGUAAUACGAAAUGGGCAAUCGGUAUCAUUGUAUACAGCGGUCAUGAAACCAAAAUAUACAAAAACAUACCCAGUACCCCUCACAAAGUUAGCAAUUUAAGUAAGAUCAUGGUCCGUCUAACUUUCAUUGUAUGGGUUGUCCAAAUUGUAUUCUGCUCCAUUGCAGCUAUAUGGACGAUAUAUCGACAUUAUUACCAAAUGGAUCAACAGAUGCCGUACUUAACAAGCAAGGGAGAUGACCAUUCAAUGUUGUACGUCUUCACAGUCUCAUUUUUCAGCUGGAUUGCCAUAUCAGCAACCUUUGUGCCAAUUAGUACCAUCGUUAGUAUGAAUGUCGCAAGGAUAGCUCAGGCAUUUUUCAUCAAUGCAGAUGCGGAUAUGUACUAUGACGAAUUGAAUAUGUACGCAGCUGCGAGGACGACCUCCUUAAAUGAGGACCUUGGACAAGUGCAUUACUUGUUUUCAGACAAAACAGGUACACUAACAUGUAACAAGAUGGUUUUCCGUAAGUUCGCAGCGGCAGGAAGAUCAUAUGGUAAGGGAUAUACCGAUAUUAGGAGGUUUGUACUGAGUCGGCAAGGUGCAAUUCUAGAACCGGAACCCGAAAAUCCUUACUACACUAAAGCAUCUCAUGUGAACCUAGUAGAUGAUGAACUAUUUAAACAACUCAAAACACCCAGUGAUCCAAGACAUACACAUUUAGUGGAAUUCUUCAUGCACCUUGUCUGUAACAAUGCGGUACUUACCGAUAUACAGGAAUCUGGUGAUGUGCAGUAUAAUUCACAAAGUCCUGAUGAACUGUGUUUUGUACAUGCCGCCAAAUUUGCUGAUUUCAAGCUUAUGGAUAAAACUAGCAAUUCCAUAACAUUGAGUGUAUUUGGGCGCAAAAUGCAUGUGCGCACUUUGGCUAAUAUAGAGUUUGAUUAUAUUAGGAGAUGUAGCUCGGCUAUUAUAGCCUUCCCUAAGGACCCAAAGACACACCUCGAGGACCCUGAUCUUAAUAAAUUCAGGAUCAUUCUGUUCUGUAAAGGUGGAGAUAACGUAAUGUUGAAUAAACUUAAAAAUAAGUCUGAAAUGGACAAAGACACAAUUUCACAUUGUGAACAAUAUUGUCGUGAUGGUCUGCGCACGUUGGUGUUUGCCAAACGUGAACUCACUACCCAAGAAUUCAAUGAUUGGAACCAAAAGUAUAUCGAAGCACAGGGAAAUAUUUUAAAUCGUGAAGAAUCGGUAGCCCGCUGUGCAACACUUAUAGAACAACAGCUAGAGCUACAAGGUAUAACUGGUAUUGAAGACAAGCUCCAAGAUGGUGUCGGCGAGGCAAUUGAACUCUUAGGCUAUGCUGGUAUCAAUGUUUGGAUGCUUACAGGUGAUAACCUUGAGACUGCCAUUAAUAUUGGUAUCGCAACAAACUUGCUGCGUAAUUUCUCGCAACGCAUUGAUCUACACUCAGGAGUAUGUCCAAAGGAACAAAUGGGUGCCAAGGUUCGUGAGUGGCUCAAUAAAGUAAAAUCUGGAUCUGAUAACGCCAUCCAUAGGUGUGUCGUUAUCGACGGUAUAGCGACUAACGAACUGACUAAAGAACACAUUGUCGACGAUUUUAUUGAACUUUGUACGCAUUGCCACUCUGCAAUCUGCUGCCGUAUGACACCAGCGCAUAAAGGACUGUUUGUCAGCCUUUUCAAAAAGAAACUAGGCACUGUUAUGAUGGCUAUAGGCGAUGGUGGUAACGAUUGCAACAUGAUUCAAACCGCCGACGUGGGUAUUGGUAUCAAGGGUAAAGAGGGAUUGCAAGCCUAUAACGUUUCCGAUUAUGGUAUCGGGCAAUUCCGGUUUUUGGUACCAUUGAUUCUGGAUCAUGGACGCAAUUGCUAUCGCAGAAUUGCCAAAACGGUGGCUUACAUGUUCUAUAAGAAUAUUACUCUCAUCAUGCCCAUAUUCUUCUAUGGUUACUUGUCUUUGUUCAGCGGGCAGCGCAUUCUCCUAGAAGUAUUAGUUGCACUUUACAACGUGUUGUUCACAGGAAUCAGUGUUAUUCUUGUUGGAUCGAUCGACCGCGAUAUUGAUAGGUCUUUGAGUUAUCAAUACCCUCACGUCUAUCAAUUAGGACAACGUAAUUACUAUCUCAAUCCUAAGGUCUUCCUUGGAUGGUUAUUUAACAGCUUUAUACACGCCGUUGUGAUCUUUUUCGUCGUGACAUUUGGUCUCAGCGACAGGUAUACAUUGCCCGGUGGAUCUGGAAUGCCACUUAACAGUCAACAGCUGGGUGUAGGCAUGAUGCUUAUUGUUAUGGUUAUCGUAAGUAGUAAAUUGAUCAUGGAAACUUGGUUCUAUACACGACUAACAACGGCAACGUACCUAUUCAGCUUUUUCAACUUUUUGCUGUGUAUAUACGUUGUAUCACUAUCAUCCAAAUUGGGAAGCGCUCUAUUAGGUGGUGCAAUGAUCCUCAUGAGUAAUGGAAGAUUUUGGAUAGUGUUACUCACCUCUACCAUGGCUGCCUUGUAUCGUGACUACUUAACCAAGGUGAUACACUACUCAUUCAUGCCUCAUUACUAUCAAUAUGUGCAGCGCAAAGAGUACCUUGCAACAGAAUUACCCUCAUUCACUGAAUCGCAUUGAGUGUGCCUACAAAAUUAGGCCAGAGCCAUUAAAUGGCAGUUAUGUUAACCUGUUCGUGUUGCUUAGCGCCUGAACAGAUGCGAUGCCGAGGACCUGAAAAUUUGGGUCUGAUCAUCUCGCCCAUUCACUGUAACAUAACUAUGACACAUUAUGGCAUCGUCUCCGUCCUUAAGGGUCUCCUUAAGUUUCACAAUAAAACACUGUUACCAUAGACUGAUUUGAAUAUGC